AUGAUAGAAAAAUUAUUUAUGUUUUCCAUAGCAUGUCCACCUGGGUACUUUGGUUCAUACUGUGAGCUUCCCUGUCGGUAUCCAAACUACGGAAAAGGUUGUCAAAUGGAGUGCAAAUGUGAUAAAAGACUUUGUGAUCAUACAACAGGAUAUGAAGUUAAUACAACAUCUGACAAUGUGGAAAAUUCCUCUCUAGUGCAGAAAGAAACCAAGAUAAAAAUUAUGUACAAUUCAUCACUUAUUACCCAUUUGUCAUGGAUAGAAAAAAGUUGCUCCGAUGGCUAUAUUGGUACAUAUUGUGAGUUAAAAUGUCGAUUUCCUAGUUAUGGGACAGAUUGCCAGAAAUACUGUCGCUGCAGUGAAGAGAAGUGCAGUCAUAUUACCGGAUGUCACGUGUGCAAAGACGGAUACUUUGGUCCAGACUGUUUGAGCCCCUGUCGGUAUCCAAGUUAUGGAGCAGAUUGUCAAAAAGGAUGCCUUUGCGAUAGAAACCUAUGUCAUUAUGUGACCGGAUGCCCGACUACAGACGCUACCGAUAAAGCUGGGCAGACACCAACAUUGUCGGUGAACGAUUCAAGAGUGUUACAGAAUGAAACCAAGAUGAAUAUUCUGUAUAUAUCAUCAAAUGUCACCGGAGAAGGAGCUAUCCUUUUGGUUACUCUGGUGUACAUAAUGAGCGUGCCUGUCUGUAUCCGAACUAUAUAUGGAGAAGAAUGCCGAAUGGAGUGCAAAUGUGACGAAGAACAUGUAAUCAUACAACAAGAUGUAGGAAUCCAGAUGAAGUACAUGCAACAUCUGACGAUUCAAUUGUACUGUGAGAAGAAACCAAGAUGA